AUGUCGCAAGUGCGACAACAAUUCAUUAUUGAUUCAUCGGAGGGUUCAUCGGACGAAGGACAAGGAGGAUUGGGAUCGCCGAGUGGAGGAGAUGGAGUCAUGUGUCGUGUUUGUGGACAACCCGGCGCACAAAUGCAUUAUGGAGCGUUGGCGUGUGUCGGAUGCAAGGGAUUCUUUCGUCGAGCCUUGAAGAAAAUCGAUCAAUUGGAGUGUCUUGGCUUGGGCACAUGUCAUAUAACGAAAGAUGCUCGAACAAAUUGUCGUAGUUGUCGCUUGAGAGCUUGCCUUGAAGCGGGAAUGAAUCCAGCUGCCGUGCGACCGGAUCGAGAUUUCACUGGAAAACAAAGAAAAAACAAGAAAACGCCGAUAAGAGUUGAACCAAAUCCGGCCUCCGAAAGAAUCCCAUCAACGAGCGAGGAAUGGGGUAAACGGCUAUCGGUUGAAAUGAGAACAAUGCUGAUGACAUUGCUUAACCUUGAGACAAAGAUCUCACGAGGUGACACGAAUCAAGAGCUCUCGAAUUUGUAUCCAUUGAAAGCAAAAACUUUGCGAGAACUUCUAGAAGAUCCAGCGAUACUUAAAGGGAAACGAUCGGAGAUGAGAUACGAAAGAGAUCGUUUAUGUCGAAAUGGGGAACUUUCACCGAUCGCUUAUCGGCGUUUGAUAGCGGCAAUUGAUUGGGUCGAGUACUUGUCAGAGUUGUUACCAGAGAAAUUAUCGCUUGAAGAUCGGAUCGCCUUAGUGAAAGGCUCAUUCCUCCCAUUGUUGGUGUUCAAAGUGUCAGUGCGGACGGCGAUGAACACCCAGAAUCCAAACGUUCUAUGCAUGUGCAAUUUCACGUACAUUACGCGUGAUGUCAGCAAACUCUACAAUGACUGCUAUCACUGGAAUAAUGGAUUAGUGGAUCGAGUCCUAGAUGAACUCGUUGAACCAUAUCGACGAGUGGCGCUAAGAGAAGAAGAAAUUGUUUGUCUCGCGUCGAUUGUCGUCCUCAAUCCAUUGUACAAAGAUCUAUCAGAGAAAGCCUCGGACAUGUUGAUUGAGCUAAGGAAUAAGAUACAGGAAUGCCUCUUCGCUGUGAUCCGCGAGACUCGACCGGGUCAAAGCUCUGUCCAUUAUGGAAACAUUCUCCUCUCUUUACCAACUGUUUCUACUCUGGCCAACGAAAUGUGCGAGAAUCUCGUGUUCGCUCAAACAUUCUCUUCUCAACCGCACAUUCCGUUGAUGAGUAAUCUUUUUGGUUGUUUCCCCGUUGAACCUUUUGAAGAAGAACAAACGACUGAAGGGGUUAGAACGUUGAGUUUAUCUUCAACAUCUUCCUCUUCGUCGACGAUCUCGCCAAAAAAGAGUCUCUAUGUGGAUCGAGCUGUACAAACCGAUCAUCCAUUGGCUGUAAGGAAACGCCGUUUACCCGAAUCGUGUAAAUCACCCGUCGAGUCGGAACCCCGUAAAAUGCCAUUUUCUCUCCGCGAGGCACCAACCGAUUACACGUUAGCCGAAAUGUUCGACGAUUUGGAACAAGAAGCCGGUUUGCUACCGUCAACUUCACAAUCAUCGAUUCACGAGGAAGUGCGCCCUCGAGCCUCAUCCCAGCCGACACAACCGGAAAAUGUCGAGAAGAAACGAUCGCGCUCCUAUUUGGCUUUGUCCACUGUUCCGGGGAUUUCUAAACGUCAAGAUUUGCCAGUAUACCCGGGGUAUCCGCUCGACAAUCGCUCUUGUCUUUACCGUACCUCGUCUCAUCCGAAUGCCCCGCUUUUGCUUCAGAAUUCUGCACAAUACCCGGUGAUGGCUGCACCCCCACCAAACAAUCUCCAUCCUUUCCAUCAAUCCACUCAUCCACCUCCCAUUCCACCAAUGGAUCUCCCCCCAGCGCCCCAAUCUUCUCAAUCAUUCGUUCAAUGGACUACCAUCACCGAACCGUCCCUUCACCCCUUUAAACCCCCUCUACAACAAUAUUUUUCUCAUCCACAAUAUCCUACUUCA